AAGAAUUAAUUGCAAAUUUUAUAGUUCUUAGAUUUUUAAUAAAUUAAUUAUAAAUCAGUAAAAAAGAAAGUAGAACUAUCCCGUUAAACAAAAUUACUUAAUUGCCUUAAAAAUAAGCGACUAAAUGUGCACUACAGUGUUACACAACGACUGUACAUUUUAAUGAAAGACAGAAAAGUUCCAUUUUUUUCUUAUAUUUGAUGACGCUUGAGAAAAUGGCGAAUGGUGUUAGCAUGUGCUGCCUAAUUUAUAAAAGGUGAAACUAAGAAAUUUCGGAAAUCUAAACGUAUUUACUAUAAAUAAAAAAACAAUUCUUAAAUAUAGUUAUUACGAAUUUGAAAGCUAUUACGUGAAAUGAAAAAAAGUUCUUGAACAAAAAGAAAAAAAAAGAAAAGGACGUAGUUUAGCUAUGUAUAUGUUCGUGCGUAUUUACUUUCCUUCUGCCAUCAUUAAAAGUGCUCUAAUCGAUGUAUCUGUGCGAUUUCUAUCAUUUGAGCCAUUUACGAGAAUUUGUGUAAAAAAUAAUACACAAAAAAACACGACGAUAUGGGAUUGAUGUAUAUACACCCAGCAGCAGCAUUAACAAUAAAAUGAAUUACAAUUAAAUCAACUUGAAAUGCUAACGUAAUCGUCAUUUUUGUACAAAAUGAAAAUAAUAGCAAUCGUCCGCCUCCACACUCUUGUUAAAAUGAAUGACAUGAAAAUCCACUGGCGGUGAGUUAGUAACAACUAUAUAACCAUUCAAUAAAACCAAAAAAAAAAAAAAAAAACCCGUAAUAUAACAACAAAUGGUCAUAUAAAGCCAUUGAUUGAGUCGCAAAAAAAGGGAGAAAAAGUAAAUCCGAUAACUAUAACAAAAAACAUAAUAAACGAUUGGAUUGCAAUUGUGGACUGAUUGCUGUUGAAAAACAAAGCAGAAGAAGAAAUAUUUGCAUUAAAAUUGCAAGCGUACACAAAUGAAAACGUCGCAUAUAAACGCGUCUAAUUUCGACUAUUCCAGUCGCCCUGUAUAUGAGGGUGAACAACAACUAGAAGCGGACGAGCGAAACGUAUCCUUACUCUAUGCAGCUAAUACAAUUGAAACGGAACAGCAACAGCAACAGCAACAACGACGUGUUAAUUAUCAACAGCAAACAAUUAACGAUAGGGUGUCACAUCAACCAUUCUCAGCCAUUGUUUAUCCUGUGAAGCAUUCGCCUGCAGUUGUUGAAGAUUCACCAGUAGAACGGCAGAAGCAACAACAACAGCAACAAUUUGUUGGUAGCAUUGUUAUAGCUGCAGCCGAUAGUGAAAGUGAUAAUAUUAAUCAAGUAAACGAUCACCACCACCACCACCACCACCACCACCAUCACCAACAACAACAACAACAACAACAACGGCAACAUCAACAAGAAAGUGUCAUUUAUCUUGACGAUAACGAAGCAGUGAAUUCACAUUCUCACAAUAAUAAUAAUUAUCGCGACAAACAAAGGCAACCGAAUGCCGCCAGCUUAAGCGAACAAAAUUUGCCUCUAACAGCAUCAUCAUUUUCAUCAUCAAAAAUACGCUACACCUCAUCAACAGCGAACAGCAAAUAUCAACAGCAACCACCACCGAGAUCGUCAACGCUACAAAAGAGCUCCUCCUCUUCAAUCAAACGUAAAAGAGAAGAGUGCGAUUGCGGUUGCCUUGAUUCAUAUAAUUCAUCGGGUUCAACGUUAGUUGCUGGUAGUGGCAACGGUGGCAACAGCAGCAAUAGCAGCACUAACGAGAUUUUGUUUGAUAACGAAGUCAGCGUUGGUGUUAUAAGUAGCACGACACUGGCAGCCACGGCUGUAGGCGGCAGCAGCAACAGCAUCAAAACGGCGCAUACUAAAGUUGCAACAUCCGGGGGGCACGCUAACACGCAGCCCCCCAGCAAACGUUCUAGCAGUGGUGCUGACGGUGACUAUCAAUUGGUUCAACAUGAAGUUCUCUACUCUCUUUCAGCUGAAUAUGAGGUAUUAGAGUUCUUAGGACGUGGCACUUUUGGACAAGUUGUCAAGUGUUGGAAACGUGGCACGUCAGAAAUUGUUGCAAUCAAAAUUUUAAAAAAUCAUCCCUCGUAUGCACGCCAGGGACAGAUUGAAGUAUCGAUACUGUCGCGUCUUAGCCAAGAGAAUGCCGACGAAUUUAAUUUUGUGCGUGCAUUUGAAUGUUUUCAACAUAAAAAUCAUACAUGCCUGGUCUUUGAAAUGCUGGAACAAAAUCUGUAUGACUUUCUCAAGCAAAACAAAUUUUCACCACUUCCCCUCAAGUAUAUAAGGCCGAUUUUGGAGCAGGUUUUAACAGCCUUAUUGAAACUUAAACAAUUGGGUUUAAUACAUGCUGAUUUAAAGCCAGAAAACAUUAUGCUAGUCGAUCCGGUUAGGCAACCCUAUAGAGUAAAAGUAAUAGACUUUGGCAGUGCAUCUCAUGUCAGUAAAACGGUGUGCAAUACGUAUUUGCAAUCGCGUUAUUAUCGUGCCCCUGAAAUAAUUCUGGGCCUUCCGUUUUGUGAAGCCAUUGAUAUGUGGUCUUUGGGAUGUGUAGUGGCCGAACUCUUUCUGGGUUGGCCUUUGUAUCCAGGCUCAUCAGAAUUCGACCAGAUUAGAUAUAUAUCGCAAACACAAGGCUUACCUACGGAGCAUAUGCUAAAUAGCGCGUCGAAGACAUCAAAAUUCUUUUAUCGGGAUACGGAUUCUACGUAUCCUUUUUGGCGUUUAAAAACCAUUGAAGAGCAUGAGGCCGAAACUAAUACUAAAAGCAAAGAAGCACGUAAAUAUAUAUUCAAUUGCUUGGACGAUAUCGGCCAAGUAAAUGUGCCUACCGAUCUUGAAGGAGGGCAAUUGUUAGCCGAAAAGACAGAUCGUCGAGAGUUUAUUGAUUUAUUAAAGCGUAUGUUAACUAUUGAUCAAGAGCGACGAUUGACACCAGCUGAAGCUUUAAAUCACUCAUUCGUACGUCUUACUCAUUUGGUGGACUAUGUCUAUUGCAAUAAUGUGAAGGCCUCCGUCCAAAUGAUGGAAGUCUGUCGACGAGGAGAUUACCAUCCAGUGCAACCUACAUCUACGCUGGUGACUAACUUCGUUCCUAGCACUACUGAGAAUAUGACCUUUACAAUUAACAACCAAUUAACGAGUCAAGUUCAACGUCUAGUAAGAGAGCGACCAUUGGCUUAUGAGGGUCUUUAUCAGAUUUAUGGCGGUCGCAAUGUAGGCCGCCAAUACGCGCAAGGGCGCACUGAUACUUUUCAGCAUCAAUUAGUUUCCAAUAUUCUAUGUCCACCAUCUUAUCAGGCUAUGCCAAGUCCCACUAAACAUGUGGUGGUAGGUAGUGCUACGAUGCAGCCACCAUUACAAGUUCCUCCGCAACAAUAUGUCAAUGUGCCCGUACCCGUGUCUAUGGUUGAACCUACUUCCGGCCAACGUAUGCUUUUAACAAAUCGCGUUCAAGCGAGUGGUGUAGCAUGGCCACAAACUGGUCGUCAAAUGGCAUUGGUUCCAUCAUGGCCACAACAAGCGCCGGCUCAUUCUCUAAUUGUAGAUCCGGCCCCAUUUUUAAAUGUGGAAGAAAUAUAUCCAAAGCACUUAAAUAUACCGCGUAACGAUCUCAAAAAGGAAUCGCCAGUGCAUCAUUUAGUUAGCAAAGGUAAUUCAUAUAGGGUUCCACGUCAUGACAAGAAGGAAAACCAGCAGUUAUCUCCGGUGAAGAAGCGCGUUAAGGAGAGUUCCCCUCCCCAUCAACAACGUUAUAAUCGCGCCUCACAUGUUUCACCUCAAUAUCAUAACCACCACAAUUGCAAUUAUGGCAGCAGCAACAAUAGUGGUAAUGGUUACAAUAGUCAAAACGGUAGCGGUGGCGUAGUAAUCGCCUCAACAUCUUCAAGUAACAUCAGCACUGGUGCAAGUCAGCAUCACCAUCACCAUAAUGGAGCCAGCUCUUCUGGUCAACCACAUAUUAUUAACAGUAGUGCUACCUAUAACGGCAGUGGCAGCAAUCAUCACAUUGUAAAUAAUUGUAGCGCGAUAAGUAGCGGUGGAAAUGGUUAUCACCAUCACUCCUCCGGACAACAUCAUGUAUCGUCGUCUCACCAUGCAUUACCCCAACAUGGACAUCAACAGCAUCAUGGUGCCAUCGUUAAACAGCAAACGAUUACUAUACACGAUACACCAUCUCCAACAGCAGUAAUUACCAUUUCAGAUAGUGAGGAUGAAGGCAAUGAUGCUCCAGUACCGGCUACAGCUCCGGUUAAGCAGCGGGCUCAUGCUCAAUCCCAAACGACUACGUCGAUGUUGCAGCACUCGGCUUCUUCAAGCUCAUUGAGCUGUCGCAGUAGUGGCCAUCAACACUCACAUGGUCAUCACAGUCAACCAGUGACUCAUCAACAGCAAAUUCAGCAGCCACAGCAACAGGCGCAACCACAUUCGCAUCAUCAACAACAGCAGACGCAACAGGCUUCGGCUUCACACACUUAUGCAAUAACAUGUAAUCUUAAUCCAAAUAAUCAUAAAACUCAACAAUACCAACAACAACAACUACAACAACAAACAACGACGAACUUGUCUGCUCAAGCACAAAAUCAGCAGCAGCAGCAGCAGCAGCAGCAGCAGCAUCAACAGCACCAUCAGCACCACAAUAGUGCCGCUGCUCAGAAAAAUAAUUCAAGUGACAGCGAUCAAGAUGACAUGCGCCGACGUCAUACCAACAAUGCGAAUAAUAGUGGUACUAACAGCAAUGUGAAUGUGGUAACAAGUAACAGUCCUAAAUCGCACGUACCUAAUUAUCCACAGGCGAACGUUAAAUAUGAACCGGGACAGUCGCAAAAGAAACGUAUUUUGGCUAUGGCACAAAAUGAGUGCUAUAUGCCACCCACAUCCAGUCAUUCGGGUAGCAGUAGUAAUGCAAGCACACAAGCCCAUCCUUCGGCUAAUUUACCGCAUUUACCUACUAAACAAGAGCCUACAGAGUUUUACGAAUAUCCUAUACAACAACAACAACAGCAACAGCAACAACAACACCAGCAAACAAUUGAUAACAAGCGCUCAUCCUGGGCUGCUGCUAGUUCGGGAUCGCAACAUCAGCCAGUACCUCUGGCCCAUCAUAAGCGAGAAGCGCCUUCCGUAGCUCCAUCUUCAACGGGCGCAUAUGUUCAGCAACCAAUUUCUUCUGGCUCUGCAGUUGUUGCGCCACCAAUGGCUCAUUCCAAGGCAUCGUCAUCAUCAACCAUGGCGGCUGCGGCAGCAGCUGCCGCUACUGUUGGGCCACCAUCAUGGGGUGCCCCUCAAGUCUAUCGUCAACCAUCGCAAAGUUCACAAUCCCAACAACAGUCUACUCACCAACCACCGUCUCAGCAUCAAACUAAUACUACGCCAAUUGGAAAUUCACCAACCUCGGCCGCCGCCGCGGCAGCCAUGUUGCAACAAGAUAUAUAUGCCGCUGCGGCAGCUCAGGGUGAAAUUUAUCGUCGACCCACGGUUUUUGUUUCUCAAGCAGCUCCAACGUAUGCCUACAAUCGAGCGGUUGUAGCACCUCCACCAGCGCAUAACAGUUCAAGUCGUCAAGUUAUACCAUCGCAUCCGCUGCCCGCACACAUACAGUUCCCUACGCAAUACAGCCAAUUUGGUCCGUUAAGUCCGGCUCAAGUAGCCGCCAGCAAACAUGCACAUUACGCACCGGCGAACAUAUGGUAUGGGGGCGAAUAAACACUGAUUUAAAACAAACGAAUCGUAUUUGCAUGACUGUGAGCAA